CCGUAUUACUAAAUCCAAGCAUCGACCGGAGACAUGGGCUGGCCCGCACCACCAACGACGGCGUCGACGGCCGACGUCGACAUGGAGAGCCCGGCGACCGUGGCGUCGACCCCGAGCCUGCACAUGCGCAACCUCGUCAACGAAUGCUUCCCCGUCUUCGAGACGCUGGCUCAGCGUAGCCGCUCGACGCACCCCGCGGAGCUGCGCCCGUUCGUGCUCGCAGCCUCCAAGCAGUACCGCGCCGCGAUGCGCACGUGUGCCAACGAUAUGGACACCAAGCAGCUCGACAUGGAGGCUGACCUCGUCCACAUCGUCAAAGCAUCGCUGGCGCUGCUCCACUUGUGCGAAAUCCUGUACCUCGAUGCGACGAAUGACUCGGUGCUCGCGUACGCCUUUGCCGAGUGGAUUCAAGAGCACUACGCGGCAAUGGAGAUUGAAGACAUGGACAUGACUUUUUUCGAACUCCAGACGCAGCUCGCCACGUCGGUCAGCAGCAACGUCGACUUGCCGCCCAAGUACUGGCCGACGAUCGUGCAGCUCAUUCUCGCGGGCCAUGGGCGCAAGGCAUGGGAGCUUCUGAGCCUCUACUCGCAUGCCAACUACUCGCUCGCAACGCUUGAACCCUUGCGUCAGGUGCUCAUCCACAUGCCGUCGCAGUCCUCCGACUCGUCGUGGCCGGCGUGGCACGACGCAUGUCGAACGCUAGCCGCCGGCGACCUCGCCAAGGACAUGCAUUUCAAAAUGAUCCUUCACGUGCUCACGCAUGGCGCGGAUGUGGCCGACGCGACGCCAUGGUACACGCAAGCGGUCGCCCGCUGCGUGCUCGACGACCCCAAGGUGCACCUCUCACGCACGGCGCAAUGCACGCGCCUCGUGACGCACCUCCGCGCGUCACUCUCGCCGCUCGGUCCGUUCGAGGAAAUGGUGGUCUCGCUGCUCGAGUUUGACUUGUCCGCUGCGCUUGAUGCUGUCCAGCGCAUGUGUGCGAGCGCCUUUCCCUUCUUCCCCGCGCAUCUCAUGGACCUUCUCUCGCAUGCAGGGCACGUCGCCCGCUCCGAGGCGUUCGUCCUCGCGUACGUCGACGCGCUCCUCGUCAGCGCCGACCCGAACGCGACGCUGCUCAUCGCGUACCUCGAGACGUGCCCGCUUGGCGGCGGCCCCGUCCUGCUCUCGCUCCUCGACGCGCAGCGCCGGUCGCCAACGCUCACGGACUUCAAGGCCGACAAGCUGCUCUUGCACGCGCAGACGUAUGGCCUCCGGCACUUUGUGAAGCAGUUGGCGCUGGACCGCGGCGCGUACUGGACGGCCAAGGGUCGAGUCGGCACGGCCAUGACGUGGCUGCUCCGCGCGCGGGAUGCCGUCGCCAUCGACGCGCUCUGCGAAGCCAACUGGCGGGAUGCGACGCGGCUGCAUCACAUUGCCGACGUGCUCGAAGCCUCGGACCAAGCCGACGCGACGGCAAUCACGGCUUUCACGGUCGCCUACCACGAGCUCCUCCUCGUGUUUAGCGACGUGGCCGAGCUUUCGCGUACGAAGCAUGCGGCGCUCGCCCAAGUGCAGCAAGAGGCCGCGAAGCGCCUCGGCAUGCUCUGCCGCAGCUGCGACAUUCCGACGUCCAUGUGGCCGACGAUCCUAUCGCUCGUGGACCAGCUCGUGCCGUUGCAGCCGCCCGUGUUUACAUCCUCGGACCUCUACGCGGUGCUGCAAGCCAUCCAGGACCAGAAGCUGCGCUUUGUGCGGCUCUCGGACGAGAAGAAGACGGCGACCGAAGGCGCUGUCGUCGCAGCCAGCCUCGGCGUCCAAAAGCAAAUCGCGCUCUGCUUGGCCAAGGCGCUCGUGCUCGACGUAUAA